AUGGCCUUGGAUUCUUCAGCUACUUUCGAGGCUCGCUGCCUAGAGCUCGGAUUGGCCGCAACCUUUGUGCAAGAGCUGCAUACCGGGGGCAUUGACACGUAUGCCUCUCUUGCCUUGUGUCAGCCACACCAGGCUAACAGUGGAAUCGACGAUGUUGCACUUAUGCGUCAUGUGGGCUCGCUCGUCUCUUCAGCUCUCUCGGCUCACCAGACCACUGCCUUGCGCCGCCUUGCGUUUGAGGCGCAGGCUCUGGCUCUUCAAGAUCUGCGCAGCAAGCUUGAACGCACCUCAGAUUCCGAGCCGAAAGUUCUUCCCUUACAGGAGAAACUCGAGCGCAGCUCUCGCCUACAGAAUCGGCUCGUCGGGGUCACCUUCACAGAUCACAAUCAGCCUGCGCAUGCCCUGGUGGACAAGGCAUCUCAGCAGUUCGAUGAGGGCGUCCUUCAAUACCUGCUCAGCCGUUACCAAGAGGCCCUUGCUGAACGCUCUUCCGCCUCUCUGCGCUUCGGCUCGGAUGGUGCCAUCAAGGUGUCGCGGGAGUCCGCGGGUGGUGAAUGCGAUAUCUCCACUGCCCACCUCCUUCGUGCCGCUUUUCAGCGGCGGGCCAUGGCUUACGACAUCGCGGGUGUUGCCACCUACGAGGCUCUGGAUGCCUGGGCCCAGAAUCUCUUUGAUCGUCUUUCGACUCCUGUGCCGUCCAGUCGUUACUCUCCUAUUGGCCUCGAGCAGAUUUUGGCAGCUGACAAAGCCCUUUGGGUUCGCUUGUCUCAGCUCAGUCGUGGGCUUCUGGGCCGCAGUGACGCCGCCACCGGUGCCUUGCUGGUUGACAAUUUGAUUCUGGAUUUGAGCAACCACCCCGAGGUCGUCUGGCAUUUCCUCCCGCUGGCGAAUGCUUCUCACACCCCACCUCCCAAGCCUCAUGCUGCACAGGCUGCCCGCAAGCGCAAACGCCAGCGUGCCUCCUCUGCUCCACCUGUGCCUGCUGCGUCACCGGGUCGAACCCCUGCGAAGGGCCCAGGCAAAGGCUCCGGCGCCGGCUCUCGCAUCCAAGUGCCUGAUGGCUGCACCAUUCGUUUUUCCAAGGGCCCCAUUUGCAUGAAGUACAACCUGGGGACCUGCCGCGCUUCUCAUGUGAAGCCUGGCGCUCGUUGCAGCAACGGCUACCACCCUUUGCAGACCGGCGAUUUUGUCUCGCCGCCCCACGCCGGUCACCCUGCUGAGCAAUUUGCGGCCCGCUUUGCCAACUCUGUUAUGACUGCCGAGCAAGCCUAUCAGCUUUUUGAACUUUUGCCUGCUGAGACUCCGGCUCGUGCUGCAUCUAUGCUGCCUCAGUCAAAGUCUUUUACCACUGGAGCCUUUGCAUACUCCAGCGGACCCGGCUUGCGUCGCCGCACCCGUGUUUUCCCUUUGGCGACCAAGGCCCUUGCCGAUUUUGUGCGAGCUACCUGUGGCACGCACUCUUUCUCCAGCAUUGCUAUAUUCCGCGAUUUGACUGCUCCCCUGCAUUUGGACGCCCUUAACCAGCCGUCCCAACCCAACCUGCUCAUCCCUCUCACGGCAUUUUCAGGUGGAGGCGUGUGGUAUGAGUCCCCCUCCGGCACUUCUCAUCGCCUCUUGGACGGUGUCGUGACGCCUGGUUGUGUGCUUGAUGUGGCCUCCGGGCCCGUCUUCCUUCCUGCUGCCGAGGCGCGUCAUCAAACGCUCCCUUGGGAGGGCACUCGCUGCGUUCUGGUUGCCUUCACUUCUCUUGACGCGCACACCCUGUGCCCCGCCGAUCUCUGA